AUGUCCUUUGUCAGUGAUCAACUCUACAGUGGCUACAUCAGGACCCACAUGUCUGAGAUAGUCAGCAAGGUCAAAGUGAGAGAGAUCAUCCCUCACCUGCCCUGCCUCACCCUCUCCGACCGGGAGGAGGUCGAGGCGAAGCGGGAGCACAAUGGGAACUUCAACGCCAUGCAGCUGCUGCUGCAGAGCCUCCACCGGCGGGAGAACUGGCCCGAGCAGUUCAUCGCCGCGCUGGUCGCCUGCGAGCACCGCAGCAUGGCCGCCGAGAUAGAGGCCGAGUACCGCCGCCUGAAAACCCCACGCCGCGAGUCUCCGCCCCCCAGCCGUAGUCUCACCACCCAGCUAUGAGUCUCCGCCCCCCAGCCCUCCCAAAGCAUCCACUGUCGUCAUGGCAACCGUCCACUCCCCCCCCGCCGUCAGCCCAUCGGACCCCACUGGGGCCUCCUCCUCCUCCCUCCCGGAGACCCCCGAGGCACCGUGGGCCCAGACAGCCCCGCCCCCCAAGGCCGCCGCGCCGACCCCCGUGUCGCCGCCGGCGACGCUCCCCGCCCGCCAGGAGCCGGAGGAGAACGCGGAGGAACCCAGGGAGUGGGUCGGCGCGGCGGUCGGCUCCGGCUUCACCGCCGUCGACGGAGCCGGUCGUGAGGUCCCAGCCCAGACAGGAAGUCCCGCCCCGACAUGGAGUCCCGCCCCGACAGGAAGUCCCGCCCAGCCGGAGUCCAUGGUAACAUGGCGGAGCGGCGAGCAGAGCGGGGACGACGACUCGUCUGGGGUCGGAGACGGCUCGUUUGCGAGCGGAGACGACUCGUCUGCGUGCGGAGACGACUCGUCUGAGGAGGAUCUGGAGUCCGCCUCCUCGACCCUGACCCCGGAGAAGCUUCCGGUACAGGAGAGCGCCCCUCCGAAGGGCCAGAGCUCCGUCCCGCUGGCCACGGCGCCCCCGGUGGCGGGGUUGAACCGCCCGGACCCCCGGGAGCCCCACCCAGACGACCACCCGGGCCGGCUCCGCGACGAGGACGAGGACGAGGACGACGUGUGCCUCAGCAAGCCCUGCGCGCUGCUCAGCGUGCGGCCCGACGCCGACCGCCACGCCGCCGCCGCCACGCUGCCCACCGCCGCCCUAUCGGCGCCGCCGUUCUCCGGGAACAACAUCAGCCUGCAGAUCAGCGACCCCUCCGUCUGCGGGUCCCUGGCCUCCUUCGCCGAGGGCGAGGCCCAGGAGGUGCUGGAGCACGUGGGCCACGUGACGGAGGAGCCAUCCGUCCAGAACCUGGCCAGCCCCGCCGCCGCGCAAGGCAUUCUGGGAAAUGCAGUCCGCGCACCCCGAGACCCCUGCUGGGACGAGAGGAACGAAGGUCAGCGUGAAGCUGCGGCCCCGAGCCGGUCCUCUUCGUCAUCACCGGGUGGGGGGGCAGCGGACGCGAGCAUCAGGUCCUCAACGGUAAACCCUCCCCUGCCGUGGCCCACGAGCAAGCUCCGACCCGCCAGCCGCCGGCCGGGGGCAGCCUGCCGCCGGUGCCGGAGAAGGAGGUGUCCGUGGUCGUCGUGUCCUCCAGGACUAAGUACGCGGUGACGGUCGCGGGGGUGGGGCGUGCGCCAUGCUCGUGGCCUGGAGGCUGAAGAAUUAACCCGGCCGUGACUCCGUGUGAGGCAGAGAUCACGUGAUCAGCGGCGUCUGGAGCCGGGUCUCAAAGGUUGCGUUCACUGGAGGCGCGGUGGGACAACGUGGGCGACCGCAUUGGGCCCCCCCCCCCCCCCGCCUGAAAUAGCGGCGCCGCUGUCGCCAUGGCGAUAUGGAGUGGGCCGCUCACGGUGUCUUACUGUGUCCGGUGAACACUUCCCCCCCCCCCCCCCCCUAGUGAGCUGUGCCUUUCGUGGCUGCUGGUAUUGGUCCAUACCGCCAGGCAGUCCUUUAAUAUUUACCCGGUAAUAAUAGCAGACCUUCAGUUGUCAAUAAUUCAUUCUGUCUGUAAUUAAGCCCUCACUCUCUCUCUCUCUCUCUCUCUCUCUCUCUCUCUCUCUCUCUCUCUCUCUCUCUCUCUCUCUCUCUCUCUCUCUCUCUCUCUCUCCCUCUCUCUCUCUCCCCCUCCCUCUCUCUCUCUCCCCUUUGUUUAUUGACUCUACUUUGAGGAGAUCAUUCUCAGGUCAUUUAUGUAUCCAAUGCAAAUAUGUGGUGGUUAACUGAUGCCAAUGAUAGCCUUAUGUGUAAUUAGGAACAUAUUAGUCUGAUAAGCACUUGCAUCUACUUUUACUUGAAUCCCUGCUAAUAAAUCAAGUAUAGCAAUGAUAUUAAUUUCACGAUAAAUUUUAAAUCUUGUUCUGGCUUGUGCAAUGUAGAUCAAUCUGUAUUUAUUUGUAUAUAUCUAUGAAAAGGUUGGCCUGCUAUGAGAGGAGAAUCUAAAUAUAAGGGAAAGAUCACCACUUUGUCAACACUGUGUUCUUCUGAUUUGACCUUGAUGUCGAAGAAGUAGUUUAGAUACAUUUCGAUCCUUAGUUCUUGUUUUCUAUUUAAUAGAAGGUGUAUGUGCAAUAUUAUUUCCAAUGUACUGACGCAGUUAUGAAAACAAGAGAAUAUUUUUUGCGGAAAUCUUAUUCAGACAGAUGAACAUCCACUUGAUAAUCAAAACAUAUAAUAAUGAGCCUGCUGAAUAAAAUUCACGUUCGUCUCUAA